CUGCUACCGGAUUGCUAUAGGCUACAGCAGACGUGAAUGCUUGUAGAUUAAUGAUCGAAAGUUAAAAGAGGAAUCGAUCUUUAUACCGAUUACGUGUCGUUGAAAUGCCAACCGAACUGCCAAGACGCAUGCACACAACGCCACGUCUGUGUUCCAUUUAGAUCCGCUGAAUCCGCGGUCUCCGCUCACAUGCUGCACUACCCGUUCGGUACAAUGUAUCUGGACUGUCUGGGACUCGUCUACGUGUAUAAUAGCAGGCCUAUACACUGUAUUAUAGACAUUUAUAUCUGGAUUUAUAAUUUGGUGUGGGCAUGGGGUUUUUUAAUGUUUGGGCAAGGAAACGUCCACCAGGCGCAACGGGGGUUUUGUAGACCAGAGUGACACCUGAAGUGGCAUUUGAAUGUGUAAUUUAUAGCGCUGACUUCAGCUGUGAAAAUGAUCUCAGGAGGGCUCGUCGUGACAGCUUUUUCCGUGCACUUGCGGAUACGGAAGGUGUACGUUACAUUGGCAGUAGUAGCACUGGGGCGCUCAUGUAGGGAGGCUGUUUGUUUAAUGUUUGAAAAAGAUGGGGAAGAAGCAUUUGGGGAAAUGUCAACGCCAAACGAAUCCCUACAUUACCUCAUAAAGUACAACAUGCGCAAAAGUUUGGAUCUGGACCUGGACGGUUGCUACUUGCAGGUUGGCAGGAAGGAAUCUCUCCAGGAGUGUGGCUUCAACGCCACAGCCAAGACCAUCUUCAUCAUUCACGGCUGGACGAUGAGCGGACUGUUUGAGAGCUGGAUGACCGAGCUGGUCUCUGCUCUGAUUCAGCGAGAGACAGAAGCGAACGUGAUCAUCGUGGACUGGAUCUCGUUGGCUCACCAGCUGUACCCAGACGCGGUUAACCACACCCAACGUGUCGGCCUCAGCAUCGCACAAAUGCUCAACUGGCUUCAGGAUGAGCACCAGCUACCUUUGAGCAACGUGCAUCUGAUUGGCUACAGCCUGGGAGCCCAUGUGGCGGGCUACGCCGGGACAAACGUACGGGGAACUCUCGGCCGGAUCACAGGGCUUGACCCGGCAGGACCCAUGUUUGAGGGGGUCGGGGAAGGCAACCGGCUCUCUCCGGACGACGCCGAUUUCGUAGACGUCCUGCACACGUACACCCGGGAGGCGUUGGGCGUGAGCAUCGGCAUCCAGCAGCCAAUAGGGGACAUCGAUAUCUACCCCAACGGCGGGGAAGUGCAGCCCGGCUGCAGCCUGGGUGACGUGCUAGCGGUGGCAGGAAAUUUCAUGGAGGUGAUGAAGUGUGAGCACGAGCGCGCCGUGCACCUGUUCGUGGACUCCCUGAUGAACAAGGACCACAUGAGCUUCGCCUUCCAGUGCACCGGGCCCGACCGCUUCAAGAAGGGCAUCUGCCUCAGCUGCAGAAAGAACCGCUGCAACAACAUCGGAUACAACGCUAAGAAGAUGCGCAAGAGGCGCAACAGCAAGAUGUACCUGAAGACCCGCGCCGACACACCGUUCGGAGGUUACCACUACCAGAUGAAGAUGCACAUUUUCAACAGAAAUCAUUCGGACAACGCGGACCCCACAUUCCACGUCAAGUUGUAUGGGGCUCACGACGACACAGAAAAACUCUUUGUUGACGUCCCUAACGGUGUGGGUCUGAACCUGACCAACACCUUCCUGGUGUUCACUGAGGAGGAGAUCGGAGACUUGCUGAACAUCACCUUGAGCUGGGAAGCACCAUCUGACUCCUGGAACUCUUUCUGGAAGUCCCUCAAGCAGUCCUUCUCGAAUAAGACCGCCACACCCGUUCUUGAAGUACGACGGAUCCGUGUGAAGGCUGGAGAAACUCAGAAAAUGUUCACCUUCUGUGCCCACGACAAGACGGAAAUAUCCCCGGGGGAAUCGGUGAGCUUCGGAAAAUGUCGUGAUGGCUGGGAAGUGAAACCGAGAAAAAGACUGGUUGCAUAAAGAACUCUGCUCUUCCAAGAGGCACUGCAGCGUCAUAAGGGGACCCAACAUGGAACAGCAAGGAGGACUUCCGUCUCCUUAUUUGAGCACUUCCGACUCUUUAUUUGAGCACUUUCGGAGGAGGAGGAGGAGGAUCAGCAAACUGUGGCAGGGGCCAUUCUGGCUCCUGGACUGUGAACACGCCAGGAUAGUUUCCAUUGGUCGCUGUUCAUAACAACUCUGGGCUAUUCUCCAGCGUUGUAGCCAGACAACGGCAGUGAAUGCGGGCCAAACGAGUUUGGUUUGGCCCGGAGGGGGCUUUCAAGAUCGUUCCUUUUUAUAUGAACUAGUGUCAACUUGGCACUGGGGAAGUAGUGUACAGAUCAGUGUCAAGAGGACAUUCACCGGAAAUGUAGUCGCUUUACUGUGUAAUCUUUUUAAUAUUUAUUUAUGCAGGUUCGAUCUGCACGACCAAGUAUUUAUCAAAUGCACACGUGUGUGUGUGUUUGUGUGGGUGUGUGUUUGUGCGUGUUUUCUGCCGAGCGAGAUAUCAAUACACUGUAAAUGAUAUGAAUUGUGUGUCAUGUGUAUUAGGGGAUGUGUAUAUUAAAUUUUCAUAAAUUAAACUUAUUUGUACUAAC